GCGUUUCACAGACUUGUGAAUAACAUUGUGUGAAAGAUGAUCUUUUGUUCUCCACUUUAACUUUCACAAGUGCCAUCGGUAAAAAUACCCUCCUGCUUUUCUUUUCCAACAAACUCCUAACGCCAUUUACGCAUUUGUUUCACAGACCCACAGAAUGCCGAUGUUUUCUCUUUGGAUUUGGAGAACUGCACAGAUUACACCUCCAUCAGACUGUUUCAGACCCACAGUGAUAAGACAGAAGACAUACCUCCAGCACAACCCGAGGAUUGCCGAAGUAACGCUACUUGCUGGAGAUUUGAACUUUCUUGCACUAAUGCUACCUCCCACAACUGUGCCCCAUCUCAGAAUCAAGUUGGAAUGCGCUACUAUCUGGGGUGGAUGAAACUGAAACUGAAUGCAUCUGAAAAUGCCAUCAAUCACAGUAACUGUAAUUAUUUAGAUCAGUUCUGGAACAGUGGCGAUUGGUUGACAGAGGCACUCAAUGUCUCUGCUGCAAAUGUCCAUAUUCUCUGCCCAAAUCCAGCCUUUGGAAUUACCCAAUACCCGAUUCUUCACUUCAUUUUUGGGCUGAAUCAGAACAACAGUCUUGAAGGGUUCCACCAAGCUUCUCAGAACUUCACUGAUACAAAUGAAUUUGUAUGUGGCAUUGAAAUUGGAGAGAGCAUUCUGCAUCCGUGCAAUGAAGAAAACAAUAUCUCCAUGCGUUUUAAGAGGCAAAGAACAUGGAGUUCAAAUGCUGUUCCCGAAGACAUCCAGAACACAGUUAGCUUCCAAAACAUUACAAGUGAACUCACGUUGGCACCUUCUGAGCACUCAAGAGAGAACCCCUCACUAACUUCUACCCUGGCAUACAAUGGCACAAUCGAUCCUGCCAGGGACACCCAGUCAGCGAGUCAAUUAGAAAACAUGAGAGAAACCACUGUUCCAACUGAGUCACCUGAAUGGCAGGCGAGGGCAACAGACACAACAGCCUUCAAUAGCACAGAAGCAACCUUCAUUGCCUUCAGAAGUUCUAUUUCGAUCAUCAACUGGACCGUUUGCCAUGAUUUCAUCAACAAAACCAGCUUCAAUUACAGAAAACUGGAGAACAUCUUGUUGACCCAGUUACCUCAGUUGCUAACUGAAGCUGCAGAACGAGUGUUGUACCGUGCACUUGAGUUCACUGUGGUAGUGGAAGAAUUUAGAAAGGACAGCUUGAUUAUUGACCUGGUCUUCCUGACUCACUUUGUGGAGAAUGCAACCCUUGCCAACAUGAACUCUGUACUCAUGUCCGCUCUUAACCAAUUGCAGAGGUCACAGAAAUGCCUCUUCAGGUUGUCUGGAACCCUUGAAGACUUUCUACCAUGUGAGAAAAGCAUCUGUGCCUACAACUGCAAUGCCAUCGAUGGGAUGUACAAAUGUUCCUGUUUAAACGUGUUGAAUGGUGACAGAUUUAGGUGUACGCCCAAUGAUACAAGCUCAUGUGGUGGGACCCAGGUUGUGAUUCCGGGGCCUCUUGCGCUCGAUCUUGAAAAGAUGGUGCAACUUUUAAACUUUGCAAAUAGCACAGGAUGCUCCUUCAGCAGAAGCAGAGCUGGCACAGAUGGAAUUCUGCAUGUGCGGGAUUUGUGUAUGAGCAUCACUGAUAAUGUCACGGAUCUGUGGAUGGAAUGGAAAAACAUUGAGAUUUUACACUUGGUGUUGGAGGGACCUAACAUCGCAGUCUGCCAGUUCUCAGUUUUUCCCAAAGAGCAGAUGAUAUUUAAAUUAAUUGACAGCAAGGAUCAAUUCAAAGGAUACUUCCUGGCUGACCACACACAGCUCCAUGAAGAGCAAUUCCCCGCAAGUGAAAAACGUGAAAAUUUAAAAGGCACCCUGAUGGAUCAUCAAACGUCCUUGGCUGCUUACACAAAUGAAAGUCCAAAUGUGACAAUGAGCAUCCGGACCAGGCUGGCCAAUAACUCCCUACUCUUUGUGAAGAGUUAUGAGGUCGUGUCAGUAUCUCAAGAAUCUGAAAGGGUCAAGCUCAUUGAGAAUGGGUGUCCUACAGUAAACGGAUUAUCUGGUUUUCUAAAUGGAAAUUCCACAUUUACGUUGCUCUCUGUCAAUUCAUCAGUGACAAAGAACUUCACUUUCUUGAGAUGCGAGUUGCAGAUUUGUGCUGAAAGCCAUUGUGGCUGCUCCAGAAAUCUGGGGAAAAACUUUGUUCCAAGUUCUGACUCUCUCCAGGAGGACAACUCUGAGAAUGGGCCAAACAUAAUUAGUGACAAGGUGGCUGAAGAUGAAAGCAAGAAGGAUGAUCCAAGCAUGAUGGCGGUGAUGCUCAUUACAAUUGGUGUCAUACUACUGGUGGUUGUGAUCAUUGGUUUCCUGCGAUUUAUAUAUCGCCGCAUUUCAGACGCAACGUACGCUGACAGAGUUCUCAAGAAGCAGGGCGUAUUGAGGAGAGAGUCGUCAACGGACCCCGUUACAUUAAUGUCCUGGAAGCAGUUGUAAUCUGGGUAAUAGCCAGCUCUCCAAUUCACACCAAAAAAAUUCACGACAGCUAUCAAAAGAAUGGAUUUGUAAUUGCACAGUGCCUUUCAUGCCCUCAGGACAUCUCAAGAGCGAUCCACAGCCAAUGUUUUCCUGCAGGUUGCAAAGCAGGUAAUCUGCACAAUGAAUGUAAGGAAAGGGAAAAGUAGUACUGGCAUUUUCACAAUGCCUUUCACACCCUCACGACAUCUUAAAAUGCUUUUCAGGAAAGAACUAUUUUUGAAGUGCAGCCAAUGUUGUAAGAAGUGCAGCUAACAAUUUGAUUUCAGCAAGGUCAUACGAUGGCUUGAUAAUGACCAGAUUGUUUGCAUUUUUGAUGUUGAUAUUUGGGAAAUGAUUUGCGCAAGGGGGUGGAAAUAAGGGUUUAAAAUCUAGGCGACUUUUCGAUUGUAAAACAUUGGGGUUUUUUCCACAAUGGAAACAAAAACUUACUCCUUGUUUAUAAAUCAUUAUGUUUCAAUUUAGUUGCCAUGUAUCCAAUAAAGACUUGCACUUAAAUGGUGCCUUUUAUGACCCCAGCAAAUCCCAACCUGUUUUACACUGGAUGAUUACACUACACUUCUUAAAAUGAAGGAUUGUCAGAAAUAUGCAACCAUGAGGUUUUUAUUUAACGUGAAAACAAGCAAGAGUAGCCCAUUUCGGGUCUACCAUUUAACAAGAUCAUGGUUGGUCUUUUAACUCGCUAUUUUCCUACACUACAUACACCUUAAUUCACUUAUAUAACAAACUCCACCAACCCUUGCCUUGGAAAUGUGCAGUGAAUGGUUUUUAACAGGUCUCCUAGGUAAGGGAUUCCAAAGAUUUAUCACUCUUUGAAUAAAGAAACUUGAACAAAGAAAUGUAUUAUCUUUUAUUUUGCUCUAAAGGUCAGACUCCUUAUUUCGAGACCUGACCCUGGUUCUAGACACCACAGCCAGGGGAAACUUAUAGCACGUGCAAUGCUUUCUCCUUGAUUAUUACUCUAUUUUAACACGUUAUCUUCAAGCCACACUCGGUCAAGUGCAUCCACGAUAUUAAGGACAAUCAUUUCAUCUUUUGAAGGUACACAAAAA